GUGAACGCGGCGAGUGGGUCUCACUGGACUUUUGAAGACUGAAAACUCAAUUCUAGUCAUAUUUUAAAUUUGUCUAUUUAUUUGAUAACACGUUUUAAAAUAGCGACUAUAAUGAAACUUCUUCAGCCAUCUAUCCUAAUGACUCACAAACCCCACUUGGUUUAUUUCUCGAAAUAGACGUUGAUUUCCUUUCAAGGCCGGAUCUGGAGAUGGGAUCGGCUGACGGCGGGGGGAGCAAACUCCACCCAGCAGAUAGGAUCUCGGGCAGGCGGAGCGGAGGGCAGCUUGUGCCGUCAGGGCUCGGGCUGGUUGGUCGGGACGCCUGACAAGUCCCGCAGAAAACUUCAGAGGGGCAAAGUCCAGCCUGAGUGUGAGGGAGACAGAGUGGAAGUUAAUGUGUGAGAGCGUGCUGGGAGCAAAAUCACAAGUCAUUUUAAAGAAAUGCUCCAAAGAUGGCGGUGGUAAUAGCGACGGGAGUUUCAGGUGCCUCUGGGGUGCAAAAAAGUGGAUCUGUGGAGGUUUUGGUACGGCAGCAGUGGCAUAAAGUUUUGGUCAACUUGAACGAGGAAGCGCUCACGUUAAGCUGCGAGGAGAGCGUCGUUAACGACAAACUGAACGACAGUGUCAACUCCAACGGCGUUACCAACGGAUCUUACCUUGACAACAAUAACACCAACUCCAACAACGGCCCCCAAACUGUGCGCACCGCGUUCACGGACCUCCCGGAGCGAGUGCCCGAAGCGAUCGCCAACAGAAAGCGGUGCGUCAAGGUGACCAAGCAGGAGGUCGGAGGACUUGGGAUCAGCAUCAAAGGGGGGAAGGAGAAUAAAAUGCCCAUCCUCAUUAGUAAGAUAUUCAAGGGGCUCGCAGCGGACCAGACCCAGGCUCUGUACGUCGGGGAUGCCAUCCUGUCUGUGAACGGCAUGAACCUGCGGGACGCGACUCACGACGAGGCUGUGCAGGCGCUAAAACGGGCCGGGAAAGAGGUGACACUGGAAGUUAAGUACAUGCGCGAAGCAACACCAUACGUCAAAAAGGGCUCGCCUGUGUCUGAGAUCGGCUGGGAAACCCCCCCUCCUGAGUCUCCCCGUCUCGGCAGCCCUCCUAUCACCUCCUCAUCUGACCCUCCGAGCCCUCCUACCCAGCCAUCCCUAUCUCUGCAGGGCGACAGGAGGUGCAUACCACUCAAGAUGUGUUAUGUAACCCGAGCCAUGACCACACCAGACCCUGAGAACAGACAACUGGAGCUGCAUUCCCCUGAUGCCAGGCACACCGUGGUGCUGCGGUGCCCAGACCAACCAUCUGCCCUGUCCUGGUUUUCUGCCAUGCACUCCGUCACAUCCACACUGGCACAGCGGGCACUGGCAGAGGUCAUCCAGAACACAGCCAGGACGGGGGUUGCUGGCAGCAAAGAGAUACGACACCUGGGAUGGCUGGCAGGGAAGACAGAGAGUGAGAAGCAGUGCUGGAAGCCGGUGCUGGUGGUGGUGACUGAGAAAGACCUGCUGCUGUAUGACAAUCUACCACGAGGCAAGGAGGCCUGGCAGAGCCCUGCACACACUUAUCCACUUUUAGCAACACGUCUGGUCCACUCUGGCCCUGACCGGGGAUCGCCUCACUCUGGUACGGAGCUGUUCUUUGCCACUCGGACUGGCACACGACUGGGCAUCGAGACUCAUCUGUUCCGGGCUGAGACCACCAAGGAUCUGUCUAUGUGGACCAGACAAAUAGUCAAUGGAUGUCACGCCUCAGCUGAGAUGAUCAAAGAAGUCACUACGAGUUGUCUAUACCGGGGUCAGGAGUGCCGGCUGGUGAUUCACUACGAACAGGGCUUCUCUGUGCUGGCUGACCCCAAACUGGAAGACAGGGAGAAUGGGGAAGAGAGGGCAGCUCACACACCUAGCAGGCCCCGGGUGCUCCUAUCUUACCCCUACGAAAAACUAAAGAUGUCCUCAGAUGAUGGCGUUCGCAUGCUCUUCCUUGACUUCGGAGGGAAGGAGGGGGAAAUUCAACUGGACCUCCACUCGUGUCCAAAGACGAUUGUCUUCAUCCUCCAUUCAUUCCUCUCUGCUAAGAUCUCCCGCCUGGGUCUGGUGGCCUGACCUCUCUAAUGGGACAUUUCAUCUCCUUUGAAAACAGAAAUCCACCUUGUUUGUUCACCUCUCUACAGCCAGCAUUCAAUUCACCACGUCAACUCCUUCAGUCGGGGACCCGAGCUGUGUGAAUGUAGCCUCUAUCUGGAAAUUGACGUUUUUGGGGUCUCUAACUGCACCACUGGAGAAACCAAUCUAGAUUAGUUUUGCUUUUAGUGAAAUGCACAGACCUCCCUUUAAGGGCUGCAUGGACUGAAGUGUUGACUGAAGAACCACAGAAGAAAACAUGGACUGGACUAGAAGCAGAAGGAUGAUGUGUACAGACUGAGGGACACAUUUAAAGGAGCAGAUUUGGCACUACUGUCACAUCCAGGAUUUGAAGGACUGGACAUGCGCAACGCGUUUGAGAGGAAUUCACUUUUAAUUCAAUCAAAAUGUAAUGGCAAACUGCCUUCCAUUUACCAAUUAUAUAAUUUAUUCACCAUUAGCUCUGAAAAGACAUUCUGAAUUUCACUUGGUCAUUUUUCUUCACCAAACACUUGACACGCUGUGGAAAAACUUUGCAUUUGUCUUUGUUAGUGUUCCCUGAAAUGUCUCGUUAGCAUUGUCAGCAUUCAUCAUUGAAACUGGGGGGCACAAUCGGUCGCACAGUUUCCCACAUUUUGACAGCUGACUCAAAUUCAAAAUGUCACAGUAUUAUACAGUGACCAUGUGGUGGUCAAAGUAUUUCAGUGUUUAACUGUUUUGACAGUGAUCUGAAGUCAUGUCUUCAAAUAUAAAAAAAGCAUUGGCAAGCAUUCCAAUUAUUUUUUUAUCACAGUUAAAUUCCAUGUACUGUUUAUCACUCAAAAACAGGAAAAAACGCAUAUCCAUCUUACGAAAAACCUGAAUCUAAUAUCUUGCUAUGGCAUUUUAUCCAGGAUAAUGGGGAUCCAGGUGACAUUUACUGUUGUACAUGCAACUUCAGUUUCAAAAGAAAUACUAGUAUAACAUAUGCAUGGAAUUUAAUGAUAAGGAUAAGGAUGCAUAUGAUUAUCUUAUCCCUAAUAGUACCAUAACCAAAUAAUGAGGUACUAUUCAGAAUACUUUGGUAAACACAUUUAGACCUGAUAAUUUAAAGCAAUAGUUUGAUCUUUUAGGGAAAUACGCUUUUUCACUUUCUUACCAAGAGUUACGUAGAUGUCUGUUACAUAUGAAGCUACAGCCAGUAGCCAGUUAGCUUAGCUUUGCUUAAUGAAUGGCAACAGAGGGAAAAAGCAAGCCUGGGUCUGUCCAAAGGUAACGAAAUCUGCCUACUAGCACCUCUAAAUCUCACAAAUUAACACGUUGUAUCUCAUUUGUUUAAUCUGUACUGUAGUAAUUGGCGGAUUUAGUUAAAUUUGGGCAGAGCCAGACUAGCUGGUUCCAUAUAAACAGCUAGUCUGUAAACAGAUAAAUCUGAAACUGAACAAAAGAUAAUGUUUUGAAUCUCUCUCAAAGUUCAUUCUUAACCUUAGAAACAGCAGUUGAGAAAACAAAGUCACCACAAAGUCCAUUAAGUUGCUGUUCUGGAGAUUUUACAUAGCUGGUUAGCCUAGCUUAGCAUAAAGACUGUCACUGCCCUAGUCUGGCACACAAUCUCCCAUAAAACCACGACAUGACAUUUUUACGCUUUACACAAAAGAUUAAAUGAAUGAGAUGUAACGUGUCAAUUAGUGAGCUUUAGAGGUGCUGGUAGGUGGAUUGUAUUACCUUUGUACAGAGCCAGGCUUGCUGUUUCCAAUGUUUAUGCUAAGCUAACCAGCUACUUACAUUUAACGAACAGAUAUGAGAGUGGUAUUGAUCUUCUAGUCUAACUCUCGGCAAGACAGUGAAUAAGCGUAUUUCCCAAAAUGUUGAACCAUUCCUCUAAGGGUCUCCAAGUCUGAUCUGACAUGAUGAUGCUGUCCACUCCUAUCUCCUUUAUUUCAGGGUGGACAGUGAACUGUUCAAGAUUGUAAGCUAGAUUUACCAACUGCAGUCUUUAGAUACUCUCUGAAGAGCUGAUCUGCCUGGUUAACUGCAGUCAUGUUCUGCCCCAUUAAGCAAACAUCUGCCAUGAGUACUUCUAAAUAUUCAUUUUGAAAACUGAAACUCAAUCAAACGAUGUCACCAUCACCCCAUCAAGUAUUAUUUAUCUUUCAUUAUUGCAAGGUAGCCAUCAUAGGAGUCUUUAAUCCUGCUUUAGUCCUGCAGUUGCCAGUGCAGGUCAUUAUUUUUUGGGAUGUUAUGCAGCAGAUCAAAUCUCUGACAUGGCUGGCUGCCAGGUCUUUCCUCGUGCCUUCAGACGACUGAGAAGAAGACAUUUGAUCACAGGGAUGAACAUGGAGCAACAAUGGGACUUCUAUGAUGGCUACUUUCCUUUUGGUUAUGAGCAUACAAAUGUUCAAUCAGCAGUAAUUUUGGGUUUGAUCUCUUCUUUAUGUCAAACAUAUAUACACAUUUACAAUUUACACACACACUGUGAACAAUCAUUUACAUAUUGUAAUCCUACCACUCUCUAGAAAAAAUAUGAUCUGUUUUAUUGAUACUAAAAGAUAGUGGAGGCAUUGUAACACUUUUGUUCAGCCAAGAAUCCAGCACUCACUGAUAACCUCAAGUGAAGAGAGGAGUAAAGGCUGCUUUGAUAUGUAGAAUACUCUGAUGCCUUCGGCAGCUAUUGUACUGUCACUCAGAAUGAUAAAGCUUAGUUUUGAACUAAAACAGUACACAUAAAUCAUGUAUUUAACAAAA